GCGUUUCCAAGGAAGUAGACGAACUCUUUCUUCCGGAUUUGAAACGCAGGAAAGAGUUCCCACGUGUGGCUAACGAAAGGUUAAUGCUGAUCCAGAAUUUACAGAAAACAAAUGAAAAGAAACUCAAGGAUGCAAAAGCCAAGAAAUACAAGAUCAACAUCAGAUCUUUCCUAAAAAGGUGGUUGACAAGUGUGAUCCAAGAAAAGGGCCUUUAAAUCAAGAGAACAUGGCUGUCGAUGGGGCGGUCAAAGAGAAGAAGAAAAAGAAGAAGAAAAUAAAUGAAGAGGAAGUGGAAGCAAACAACCUCCUUCAGUAUGAAGGACACAAAAAUGAUGCAUCCGUCCAAACAUUUGUUAAAAGAGAAUCGUCGGAAAUAAACAUCGGUGACGGAGAUGUAAAUAAAGAUGCUCCUGAGAGGAAGAGAAAGAAAAAGAAGAAAAUGAAGGAAAGAAAGGAGGAAAUAAAGCAGAAUGUGGAAGGAGACAUCCUGUGGCAUGAUGCAUCGGUCCAGACUACCGUUAAAAAAGAACAAUCAGAAGUAAACAUCAAUAAACGUGAGAAACAGGAGGGGGAUGCGCCUGAAAAGAAGAAAAAGAAGAUAAAGAAGGAAGUAGAAUCACACCAGGAGGAAGUAGUUGAAAUGAACAUCAUUGAGGAUGAAGAAAAGAUGGAUGGAGAUCAUUUAGAGGAGUCCAAGGAGAAAAAAAGACGGAAAAAGUUGAAAACAAGUGUUGGAGAAGCUGAAGAGAAAAAGAAGAAAAAGGCUGUAGAGACCAUAGAAGAACAAAGGGUGAAUUUGGGACACUAUGAAGAGAUGAAGAGCAAGAAGAAGAAAAAGAAAAGGAAAACUGAGGAUGAUGUGUCUGAAAAAGUAAAAAACACUGAAUUAGAUGAUGGAAAGAUCAAGAAGAAAAGAAGAAAGAAUAAAGAAAUAAAUGUCAACACAGAAGAAACAGAUGCAUGUAAAGAGAAAGAACAACAGGAGAAAAAGAAGAAGAAAAAAGAAAAAAGUGCCAGCAAAAUGACGGAGGAAGAGAAGGUGAAAAGAAAGAAGAAAUCUUCAGCUCCAGCAGAAGAGUCGUCGGGUGAAAAGAAAAGAAAAAAGCUCAAAAAGAAAUUAGAAAGCUUGACUCGUGCUUCUGUGAAAGAGACGAAGGAUGCUGAUGAUGUCGUCGAGAUAGAGGAGGCACCUGUGGAAAAGAAAAGGAGUAAAAGAGACAGAAGUAAUAAGUCCAAAGACAAGGUUAAAAAGACAAAACUGAAAGAAGAGUAUCAGGACCCAUUAGAGGAGAGUGCAAAUGAUAAAAAGACCGAUGUUGUGUUCCUGUCGGAAAAGCGUGGAAAUUGUGACGAAGUUUCUAUAGACCAGGUCCGGCGUCUCGCCCUGCAGAGAGACAUUGAUCAGGAAUCACAGCCAAAGCCAGGUCUCGGCCAGUGGGGAACCGCCCAGUUUGAAAGCUCUGACAGACAGGCGAAGUUCCUGCGACUGCUGGGCGGGUUUAAAAAAAGCAGCCAGCCAAUUACAGGAAGCUCUGGAAGGGCCAGUAUGGCACUGGGGAAAGAGGCACAAAAGACUUUGCAGCAAGGCCUUCUUGGAGAGUUUGAGCGGGCUCAGAGCCGGAAUGUGGACUUCAGGAAUAAAGGAGCUGGAUUGGGAUUCACAGAGCCAUCCAAUAAGAAAUUUACCAUUGACGCCAAUGCACGGAAUGCUAUACGAUUUGAUGACUGAGACCGACUUUGGGGGGAUCUUUUAUAAAUGACUUAAUUAUAUAUAGAACUGUAAUUUUUUUUUGUCGUCACAUCUAAUGCAGCGAAAUUCAAUUUAAAGUAGGACCAUUGUCCACUGAAUUAAUUUUUGAAAUAGACAAAUUAAAUACCUGAAAUACCCAAGGUGGAUUUUAAUCAUGUAUGUGGUCAAGUAUGCCUGCAAAUGUCACUAAAGAAGGGUGAAUACAGACACUGGGGAUCAGAGUUUUCAUGGCAUUUAUACUGAAUUGAAUUUAAGGACCUAAAGGUCCGGUACCACGAAAUAAAACAAAUACAAAAUGUCUUA